AUGAUAGAUUUAUUAACACUGCGCGCGCGUCGCGCGUAUCCACAGAUGCGGAGAUAUGUACGGAGAUGCGAAUAUUUGUCGAGAGUGAUGUGUUAUUGAAAGGCGAGAGUGCCGAUAAUACGCCGGAUAUAAUAAAUAUAUGUACCUUGUGAGAUUCAUCGAACUUAUUAAGGCCUAAUCGAGCAAACGUGUGCAAAUCAUGAGCCGGUACGCAGCAUUACUGGUGCUCGAAGCAUUGAUACUUCAAUUAGGAAUCUCCGUCGAAAAACCUGCGCCACAUGUCGCCAUUAUAGGGGGUGGCAUUGGUGGUGCAUCUACUUUACAUUUCCUUUCCGAGUUACUGAAUGGAAAUUUGGAAAUCGAUUUGUAUGAGGCAAAGACUGUCGGAGGACGAUUGGCAACCAUCAAAAUUGAUGGAGAUGAAUUUGAGGCUGGUGGUUCAGUUAUACAUCCUAAGAAUAUGUAUAUGCAAAGAUUCGUCAAACUUUUGGGUUUAGAACACAAUUUUUUUGAUAAUCAGAAAUACGGCAUAUGGAAUGGAGAUGAAUUUGUUUUCACAGAGAGUAAUUGGUCUAUAAUUUCGCUGCUGAAGCUGUUUUAUAGAUAUGGUUUUCAGCCAUAUAAACUCAACAGAUAUGUAGAAAACAUGAUGGAAGAUUUUCUGAAGAUAUAUGAUCUGCAGGAUGCUGGGCGAUCUUUUGCCAAUGUCACUGAACUGCUAUCGGCUAUGAAUAAGGAUUUCCCGAAUUUAUUACAGAUAUCUAUAAGAGAUAAACUUUUACAUGUGGGGUUUACAGAAAGAUUAAUCAAUGAACUAGAACAAGCUAGUAUUGUAGGAAAUUUUGGUCAGGAAGUUGAUGUACAUAGUUUCCUUGGUUUCAUAUCCUGGGCUGCGAGCAGUGAUGCAUGGGCUGUCAAAGGUGGAAACAAAAGAGUACCAGAGGAUCUUAUUUACAGAACUAAGAAUGUAAAUGUAAUGCGGAAUCGUGUUACAAAGAUUCGCAAUUUAGCAAACAUCAAUGAUUCGAGCCGAUACGAAGUGACUUAUACAAAUAAAGAUGGCACAGAUUCAAUAACAUCGAAUUAUGAUAUCGUAAUUAUCGCCACACCGCUUACAAAGGACCAAGCGUCUCAGAUAGAAUUUGUUGGAUUUCCGGAUGACUUGGUAUUUCCAGGAAGUUUUCAAACGACACACGUGACAUUUAUCAAAGCUAAUCUCAAUCUAAAGCAUUUUGGCUUGCAAGAGACUUUGGAUAGUAUUCUAAGUUGCAAUCCCAACAAAACGAAUAUCAAUAUGGUUUUGGCAUUGGAGUCUGUUGAUGGUUUGGCUAAGAAAAAUCCACGAGUUUGGAGGGUCUACAGUAGAAAAUCUAUGGAAUCAAGUCUUAUACACGAUAUGUUUUCCAACAUCAUUGAGAAGAAGGAAGUCGCUUGGAAGGUAUCUCCUCAUUAUUCAACAAAUUUAAACUAUAAUAAUAAUUUUAAGCUGCAUGAUGCAUUGUAUUAUAUCAAUGCAAUUGAAUGGGCUGCGAAUGGCAUGGAAAUGAGUGCGAUAGCUGGCAGAAACGUGGCUAUUUUAGCGCACAAUGAUUUUCUUCAAAUGCAUGGUUUCAACAAAGAAGUCAUUAAAGAUUCAAUUAAAAAGUUACGUGUAUCUACAGAAUUAUAGAGAUAUUAUUUUUUGUUAAUAUAUAUUAUUAAUGAAUUUUAUAUUAAGUUGUUAAUAUAUAUUAUUAAUGAAUUUUAUAUUAAGGACAAAGAUAAGAUAUUUUUGUGAUUAAAUGUAUUUAAAAGAAGCGAUAGCAAAGAAAUGAAGUAAAAAUGUAAAGAAAAUUAUUAGUAAUUUAUGAUAAGAAUAAAUAUGAAUAUAAAAGAUAUAAAAGAUAUCAUUAACUAUCUAGAUGUAAUAUGUUAAACUUCGCUUAUAUUUACAUUUUUAAUUUACUUGACUAUAUUUAGGGCCUUUUGCAUUGUAAUCUUUUAGUUUAAAAUAAAAAAUUAUAAAAAUUGUGCACUAUAAA